UCGAGUAUGCAUUGAUUCGCUAUCAUUCGCUCUAAUAACUUGCUUCUUUGGUUGAAAGAAACGUUUAAACUUAAAACAUUUUUUCAAAAAAAAGUUGUAGCCGAUUGUUGUAAUUCUUAGCUCUUCAUAUUAUUGCUCUGGAUAUAUUUUUUACGAAAGGAUAAAAACGCGUAUUUUUUUGUAUUUAAACUCGCUUAACAAACGCAAAACGGUGUUUUUAAAGAAAAAAAAUAUAACAAGUGAAAAAUAUCCACGAUAAAUUAUUAAACAUAAAAGAAAGAAAAAAAGAAAAAUUGUGUUUUUCCUGAAAUUCUAAAUAAAAAAAAACAAAAAUUUUCCUUAAUCUACAAAAGAAAAGCUAAACUAGACUUCAACGGCAGUAUUGCAGAUAAUUUAACAAAUAGAAGCAAGUCCUGUUCUACAAAUAAGCAGUGAAAACCCAAGUGUUCCAAGUUUUCGAAGGCUUAUUAAUCUUAUACAAAGAGAAAUCAACAAAAAGUAUUAAGUGUUUUUUCACUAAAUAAAUUUUUGAGAUUUUUUUCUUAAUAACAAAAAAGAAAAUCUUAAAUAAAUACUUUAAAUAUUUUUAAAACUACAUAUCCUAUAAAAACAACAACUACUAUAACAAAAUGAUGGCUGUAGCUGCUGCUCAAAAGAAUCGCGAAAUGUUCGCUAUUAAAAAAUCAUACAGUAUUGAGAAUGGUUAUCCCUCUCGUCGUCGCUCUUUGGUGGACGAUGCCCGUUUUGAAAGUUUGGUUGUCAAGCAAACAAAACAAAUUGUCUUGGAGGAGGCUCGCACUAAAGCCAAUGAUGGCACCUUGGAAGAGGCCAUUUUGCAAGCCAAAGGUGAACAUGUUCCAAAUCAAGAACAAAUUGAAUUACAAGAUGAACAACAAUUAGAAAAUCUAGAUGUUGUUGAUGACAUCCAACAGCCCGUUUUUAAUGAAGAUGAUAAUCAUGAUGAUUUACCAGCUGACUUAGAACAAACUCAGGAAAAUGAUUCGCAAGAAUCAACAGAUAAAAAUAAUACAGAGGAUGCUGGUUUAACUGAAGAUGAAAUUGUCUUGGCCAAUGCUGUAUCUGAAUCAGCUGAAGCUGAAAAUGUCAUGCAAAAUGCUGCUUUGAUUGUACGCCUUAAAGAGGGUAUUACCUCUUUGGGUCGUAUUUUAAAGGCCAUUGAAAACUAUCAUGGUUCCAUACAACAUGUAGAAUCACGUCAAUCACGCUCUGAUGGUGCUGAUCAUGAUGUUCUAAUCAAAUUGAACAUGACUCGUGGCAAUCUAUUGCAAUUGAUACGAUCUUUGCGUCAAUCGGGCUCUUUCAGCAGCAUUAACUUGUUGGCUGACAAUAAUAUCAGCGUUAAGGCACCUUGGUUCCCCAAGCAUGCCUCCGAAUUGGAUAACUGUAAUCAUUUGAUGACUAAAUAUGAACCCGAUUUGGAUAUGAAUCAUCCUGGUUUUGCUGAUAAAGUCUAUAGACAACGUCGCAAGGAAAUUGCCGAAAUUGCUUUCGCCUACAAGUAUGGCGAUCCCAUUCCACACAUUAACUACACCGAAGUUGAGAACAAGACCUGGCGUUCGGUUUUCCGUACAGUUAAGGAAUUAUCACCUAAACAUGCCUGUGCUGAGUAUCGUGCUGCUUUCAAGAAAUUAGAAGAUGAGAAUAUUUUCGUUGAGGAACAUUUGCCUCAAUUGCAAGAGAUGUCGGAUUUCUUGCGUAAGAAUACCGGUUUUACAUUGAGACCAGCUGCUGGUUUAUUGACUGCUCGCGAUUUCUUGGCCUCAUUGGCCUUCCGUAUUUUCCAAAGUACUCAGUAUGUGCGUCAUGUUAACUCACCCUAUCAUACACCAGAACCCGAUUGCAUUCAUGAAUUGUUGGGUCAUAUGCCUUUGUUGGCUGAUCCCAGUUUUGCUCAAUUCUCACAGGAAAUUGGUUUAGCUUCAUUGGGUGCUUCGGAUGAAGAAAUUGAAAAAUUGUCCACUGUCUACUGGUUUACUGUUGAAUUCGGUCUCUGCAAAGAACAUGGACAAAUUAAAGCUUAUGGUGCUGGUCUUUUGUCCUCCUAUGGUGAAUUGUUGCAUGCCAUUUCCGAUAAAUGUGAACAUCGUGCUUUUGAACCUGCUUCCACCGCUGUACAACCCUAUCAGGAUCAAGAAUAUCAACCCAUUUACUAUGUAGCCGAAAGUUUUGAAGAUGCCAAAGACAAAUUCCGUCGUUGGGUAUCCACCAUGUCUAGACCGUUCGAAGUGCGUUUCAAUCCUCAUACUGAACGUGUAGAAAUCUUAGAUUCGGUCGAUAAAUUGGAAACUUUAUUGCAACAAAUGAACACUGAAAUUUUACAUUUGACCAAUGCCAUCAAUAAAAUGCGUCGUCCCUUUUAAGCUCUCUUUUACACAGACCCUUACACACACACACACACAUACACAGCGAGAGAGAAGUGAGAGUUUAACCUUAAAACGUAGCUUCAGUUUUAUUUGUUUUUUUUUUUUUAAAGCUCUUUUGUUAUAAUUGUUUAUAUAAUUUUGUGAUCCUUUUUUUGUAUUUAGUUUAAAUGUUUUGUUAAUUUUUUUUUUGCCUUGAAAUGUGUUUCAUUUAACCCUCAGAAAAAAAAGUAUUAAAAAUUAACUUUCUUUAAACUUUUAGCAAAUUUAAUUCAAAACAGUUACGUUUAAUAUAAUAAUAAUCAUUUUUUUUAAU